AUGAAUGUUGUACAGCAAACAUUUGCAAAGCUGAGCAUAGAGGAGCCCAAAAAGAGAUUGGAGGGGAAGGUCUAUUCUGUUAGUGGGCCUGUGGUUGUUGGAUGUGACAUGAUUGGAUGUGCGAUGUAUGAGCUUGUAAAGGUCGGGAGUGAAGGAUUGGCGGGAGAGAUCAUCAAGAUUGACAAGGACCGAGCCACGAUCCAGGUGUAUGAGGACACCAAUGGGCUGUGUGUUGGAGAUGUUAUUGUAAGGACUGGAAAGCCAUUGUGUGCGGAGCUUGGGCCUGGGCUUUUCGAGAGCAUCUACGAUGGGAUCCAGAGGCCCUUGAAGGAGAUCCGAGAAAGCACUGGAGGAAUCUUCAUUCCAAAAGGGGUGAACAUUCCUUCUCUGGACAGAGAAAGGGAGUAUGAGUUUGUGCCCAAUGUCAAGGUUGGGGAUUAUGUUGUUGGGGGAGACAUCUUUGGGAAGGUUUAUGAAAACAGCCUUAUUGAAACGAAGAUUCUUGUUCCUCCGAAAGAAAGUGGGAGGGUUGUUUUCAUAGCACGGCAGGGAAACUACACUCUUAAGGAUGUUGUGAUGGAGCUUGAGACUAGCAAGGGAAAGAUGGAGAUGUUUAUGUACCACACAUGGCCUGUAAGGGUUCCUCGACCCAUUGAAGAGAAGAAGAACGCCACACAUCCAUUGUUUACGGGGCAAAGGAUCCUUGAUUCUCUGUUCCCCUGUGUGCAGGGGGGGACCACUGCGAUUCCCGGUGCAUUUGGAUGUGGAAAGACGGUCAUCUCCCAGUCGCUGUCGAAGUACUCGAACUCUGAUGCAAUUGUGUAUGUCGGGUGUGGGGAGCGAGGAAACGAAAUGAGCGAGGUUCUGAUGGAGUUCCCGAAGCUAACUGUUGGAGGAAAGGAGGACAGCAUCAUGAAGAGGACUGUAUUGGUAGCAAACACAUCGAACAUGCCUGUUGCAGCGAGGGAGGCGUCUAUAUACACGGGGAUAACGAUCUCCGAGUAUCUUCGGGAUCAAGGGAUGAAUGUAUCGAUGAUGGCGGACUCGACAUCCAGAUGGGCUGAGGCAUUGAGGGAGAUAAGCGGAAGGCUCGCAGAGAUGCCUGCAGACAGUGGGUAUCCUGCGUAUCUUGGAGCAAAGCUUGCGUUUUUCUAUGAAAGGGCGGGGUCUGUCGUAUGCCUAGGGUCUCCGAAGAGAACAGGGUCGGUGACCAUAGUUGGUGCGGUUUCUCCCCCUGGAGGAGACUUCUCGGACCCUGUGACGUCUGCCACGCUCGGGAUUGUCCAGGUGUUCUGGGGGCUUGACAAGAAGCUUGCCCAGCGGAAGCACUUUCCAUCCAUAAACUGGAACCUGAGCUACUCGAAGUACUUUACAAAUCUGGAGCCGUAUUACGAGAAGGAAGAUCCGGACUUUACUGUGAACAGAACGAAGUGCAAGGAGAUUCUGCAGCUAGACGACGAUCUUUCUGAGAUUGUCCAGCUGGUGGGGAAGAAUGCACUUUCGGAGACUGAGAAGCUCAUUCUGGACAUAUCGAAGCUUAUCAAGGAGGAUUUCUUGCAACAGAAUGGGUAUUCGAAGUAUGACAACUACUGUCCGUUUACCAAGACCAGGCUGAUGCUACGGAACAUCAUUCUGUACUUUGACAACAGCAAGAAUGCGAUAACAAACCACAAGCUUAGUUGGUCUACUGUUAGGAAGGAGACUGAGGAUGUAUUCUAUGGGCUGAUGAAGAUGAAGUUUGUGAUGGUUAAUGACGAGAUGGAGUCGAGGCUGAACAAGCUGAAGAGGGAAAUAGACGAGGUGUUUCUGAAGUUGCUGGGAUGA